CCACUGUCAAACGCCGCACGCGGCCGGACACAGCGCGACAGCGUGACAGCGUCGCUCAAGUGAGUACUUCCGAGAAUACCUCUGGAAUUGAAGCGCGACGACGAAGGCGGCAUGUGUCAGAGCGUCUCGUUUUCGGGGCACUUGGUCACCGCAACUCGCCGUGCCUGCGCUUGUAGCUUCAAUCUCAGAUAAGCUGGGUGUACGUACCGCUGCCCGCCAGGCGGUCUUCUGGUAUUGACAACGGUCCUCCAGCCUCGUCGCUAGUCGGCUCAAAGACGCACGACUUGCGUCAAGUUGUGCCUCCCGUUCGGACCUCCAGACGCAGAUGGAGUGCUUUCGCUGCCGGGAGAGGUACGACGAGGAGCUCCGCCGUCCGAAGCUGCUCCCCUGCGGCGACGUGUUCUGCGGGCCGUGCCUCAAGUCGGCCGACCGGUGUUUCAGCGAUGGCGAGGCGUUCUCUAAAACAGUUGACGAGCUGCCCGACGACUUGUACACCCUCGGCUUGCUGAGGAUUCCCCCGCCGGAGAGUGAGGAUGCUCCCGACUCGGCCGGCGUCCUCAGCUUGUGGUGCGCGACAUGCUCGGCCGCGGCCGGCGAGGCCUGCCUUGACUCCCAGGACGACGCCGACCGCGCCCACGUCCUGCACAGCAUGACGAGGCACAGGCACGAAGUGCUGCUGCGGCACCUGGAGAACAUGCUCGCCGUCCUGGAGAAGCCCAACCCCGCCGCGGACCGCCACGACGACGAGGUGAUGACGCAGCUGGCGUCGUCCGGCGAGGUGGAGGUCUCGUACGACGGCGUGUCCGCCGAAGGCCUGUCCGCCAAGGUGCAGCUGGGCGGCAGCUGCGCGGAGGACACCGACGUGGCGUGGGCCGUGCAGCAGCUCCUGCUGAGCCUCCCCGAGGACGUCGUGCCGAAGCCGGUUCCCCAGCCCCCCGCCAAAGACGACGACGGCGGCCUCGGCUUUGGACUCUUUGACGCGGACGCGGACGUGGCCCUCUUCGCGGACGACGAGGACGACAACGACGAGAGCAAAUCGGCCAUGCUCGGCUUGAUGGAGCAGGACGCCGAGGAGGACGACGAGGGUGACGAGCUGGACCUGUCGCCGGUCAGGGACCCGCACCUCGACUCGAAGGAACUGGCGAAGGUGCGGCGCAUCGUGAACCUGUCCUGCAAGAUGGACCCGCCGCGCACGCUGAAGCUGCUGGACGAGGUGGCGCCCUUCCUGGAGGAGCUGCAGAUGGUGCACGUGGACCGCGCGCACUUGUUGGCCACGCUGCGGAUGCCCAAGCUGUGGAGGCUGGAGGCGUUCGGCGUGGACAUCUGCAGCGACCCGUUCGUGGUGCCGGCCGCCCUGCCGCACGACGGCGGCCUCCGCGUCCUGCAGGCGUCCCUGUCCGCCCCCACCGUCGCCUCCCUGGCGCUCGCUCACCAGCGCACCCUGGAGCACGUGCUCAUCGUGCCGCCCAUGGUGAGCAACAAGGACAUCAGCAGCCGCGUGUUCGGCGACUUGGACUACCGCGGCGGCGGCAAGGUGGCCAUGCCCGGCUUCAAGCGCAACCCCUACUUCCCCACGCGCCGCCCGGGCCAGUUCCCCGUCUUGAAGUCCAUCGAGUUCGACCCGACUCCCAGCGGGCUCCGCAACAGCACGCCGGCCAUCGCCGCGCUGCAGGACAUGUACCCCGGCGUCCACGUCGGCAGCCCCAAGAGCAUCGUGGGCUGGGGCGCGGCGAUCAAAGCCAGACUCAGGAACAAGACGAAGGAGAAACAGUUCCACGAGCGUUAAUUGUAUUUCAUCUAUUUAUUUUUGUUAUGAUCACAGAAUGGAACAAAAUCAAUUUGAAAAUAUUUGAUACGUUUGAAAAUGUUAUGGACUGAUUACAAGCAUUUUUGUAUGAUUUUUUUUAAAAUACAGUAUUUGAACCAAGUUUG